UUUAAGUUCCCGAACAGCUGUUUGCUCUUGCAGCUCAGCAUUUAGGCGUGAAAAACACCACUGAGCAAUGAGUUUUUGUACGUUUUAUAUUAGAACUAAGAUCGUUUUUACAGGUCUAUUGGUGGAAAAUGACAUUAGAGCCAGAACAGCAGAUUGUUGAGGUCUUUCUGGAAUCAGCCCCGCAGCCGCCAACCCUUCCAGAUGAAUGUUAUGCUGCUGCUGUGCAAAUUUGGAGACGCCAGUAAACGAGGCGGUGCUACAAAUCAGCACAAGGUCAUAUACGGAAUGUAUUCCUCAUAUUACUACGUGCAAGCUUUCAGUACUCAGGCCCUCUUGGAAGAAACACCGGCAGGAGUUGGUUGAGCGCAGCAUCAUGGAAGUAACGAAUAAAGGAGAGACGCUUGAACAGGCUGCAUCGUUAUUUGAGACCCAAGACAUGGAAAGUCAAAGGACAAACACUGCACGGGGAAAGAAGAGGGGGAACAAGUGUAAAAUCAUAACCGGGGUUCUGCUGCUGUGUUUACUGGUGGUCAUCCUAGCUAUGGCGUUUUCUCUGAGGAACAGUAAUGGAACAGCAUCAGGGGAGCUCUGGCUGAAGUUGACCUCUGAAGUAAAUCAACAGCUACAGUGUCCAGCUGGUUUUUCCAAGCCUCCCCUCAUCCUGGUGUCCUUGGACGGUUUUAGAGCAGGGUACCUCAAAGAUCACAGCAGCCACCUUCCUGUCAUCAACAGGUUACGAAAGAUCGGAACAACAACCCCAUACAUGAGGCCUGCUUACCCCACAAAGACCUUCCCCAACCACUACACCCUCGUGACUGGUCUUUAUCCCGAGUCUCACGGGAUUGUGGACAACAAGAUGUAUGACGUGACUCAAAAUGCUUUCUUCAGCUUGAAAAGUGAGGAGAAAGUCAACCCAAAAUGGUACCAAGGAGAGCCUGUCUGGAUCACUGCCAGCCAUCAGAAACUAAAAACAGGAACCUUCUUCUGGCCGGGCUCGGACGUAGCCAUCAAUGGCACCUUCCCAGAUUUCUACAAGCUCUAUGACAAGAGUAUUUCAUUUGAGCAGAGAGUGUCGACUGUGCUUGAGUGGCUCAGUUUACCUGAGGGACAAAGACCCGACUUUUACACUCUGUACCUGGACGAACCUGACUCUUCAGGACAUCGUUAUGGUCCAGCAAGCAGACAGGUGAUUGCGGCCUUGGAGAACGUGGACAGGAUUUUGGGCAUGCUGAUGGACGGCCUGACAGAGAGAGACCUGCAGAACUGUUUUAACUUGAUAAUCGUGUCAGAUCAUGGCAUGGAGGAGGCUACAUGCAAAAAGGCAGCAUAUGUGUCAACCUACCAGGCCAAUACCGACGGCUUUACUGUCAUCCAAGGCCCGGCUGCUCGCAUCAGACCCACUCGCCUCCCGGAGGAUUACUUCACCUUCAACUAUGAAGGCCUGGUGAAGAACCUGUCGUGCAGGGCCCCUGACCAGCCAAUGAAGCCAUACCUCAAAGAAAACCUUCCCAAAAGGAUGCACUUUGCUAACAACAAACGCAUAGAGAGGGGACACCUUUAUAUGAAGCCGGGCUGGCAGGCAGCACUUAACCCCAGGGAAAUCAAGUACUGCAGCGGUGGAUUCCACGGCUCAGAUAACCUCUUCACCAACAUGCAGGCAAUCUUCAUUGGCUAUGGUUCAGGAUUUAAAAACAACACUGUUGUGCCUCCUUUUGAAAACAUUGAACUAUAUAACCUAUUAUGUGAUCUCCUUGGUAUUCGUCCUGCCCCAAAUAAUGGGACUCAUGGCAGCCUGAACCACCUCCUGAAGCAUCCCUUCCACCAGCCAGUUCACCCAGCACCGCUCUCCCACAGUACCCCCUGUGAGGCCAGUGGCCCCACCCCCACCGACAACCUGCAGUGCAAUUGUACAUCACAAACCGAGGCAAUGGAAACAGAGAUGAAUAGACGUCUCUUGGCCAUCAAUUCCAAACAGCGGCGUGAGAUCUUUUUCUACAAACAGAGACGGUGCUCUGCCCUCGCUGACCCACAUACACAGGCAAAACAAAACAAAGCCAAGCGAUCUUAUGCAACAGUCUGGAGUCCUGCUCUGCACUGCCCACCACUGACUGUUGCUCUCUCUCAGACCAGAGCCCAACCCCUGAGCCCAGAGUUGGAGGCGUGUGUUCAUGCUGACGUACGCAUCCCACCGGCCGCCAGCCAGCGGUGUCGUCGCUACAGAGACAGCCCUGCUCUGUCCUAUGGCCUGCUGCAUCCCCCCUAUCUGAGUGCUGAUGGGCCGAAGACAGACUCUUUAAUUACAAGCAACAUGGCACCGAUGUUCCCUGCAUUUAAAGAUGUUUGGACCCAUUUCCAUGAUGUCUUGCUUCCAAAGUAUUCACAACAGCUGAAUGGAGUCAACGUCGUGAGUGGGCCGAUAUUCGAUGAAGACUACGACGGAAACGUUGAUGCAUUUAAAACAAUCUCAGGGAAUGAGGCUCCCAUCCCGACACAUUUCUUUGUGAUCCUGACCAGCUGUGGGAACUCGACCUUCAGCCCUGUGACCUGUGAGGGCCCGCUGCAGGCCAGGUCCUUCAUCCUGCCCCACAGACCUGACCACACAGAGAGCUGUGCUGAGGGGUCAGACUUGACGUGGGUGGAGGACUGGCUGCAGUUUCACACUGCUCGGGUCAGAGACAUCGAGCUCCUCACCGGACUCAGCUUCUACCACAACAGGUUAUCAGUGGAAGAGACGCUACAGCUCAAGACAUUCCUACACACUGCUUAAAAUCAGUUGCACUGUCUGAUGAAGUUCUGCUAAAUGAAGCCAUACUGGUCUGCGUGACAGGCCUUUGUCAACAUGAACAGGAUUCACUGUUGCCUCACUUAUAAAAGGUUCCUGUUUUCAGAUCAAAGUAAUGACAUCAGUUUUUUGUAAUAUGUCUGAUUCCAAAGCAAAUUUUAUAAUUAUGAAAGCCAUGAAUUUGUUUUUGAAUGUUUUUAAAGCUGAUUGUACAAAAAUGUCAUUUUAUAAAUUAGGUUCCAGAGCUUUGAACCAAAGACACCAUCACACAUUUGUUGAAUGGCUCUAAACUAUUUCCUCAGGCGGGAAAGUGGGGCCUAAAAUAAAAGGGAAAA